CCGCUGCGGUCUACUGUAUUCAUGUGAUAGAGCUACGUCUUGUGUUAGUAUUAGUAGCCAUAGCACAGCCACAACAACAAAGCAUUUCAGGGUUUAAUUUCCCUGCACACGCGGUGAAAAUCACCAUCCAUGUCUCUCCCCGACGACUUGCCGGAGAUGGAUGGGGCGGACCUGCUGGGUCUCCUCUUCGAAGACCAGGGGGUGGGGGUACAGGACCCCCUCUUCUCCAAUGGGGAUAAGCUCAUUGACGACUGGCUGCUGGAUCAAGAUGUGCUGCAGGACAUGGACACGGAGGACUUCCUGGACAGGCUGCUGGACGAGGGGGUGAUGGCGGAGGACGAGCCCUGCCUCUCCCACUCCCCCCACGGCAGCGACAGCGGCGUCUCCGUGGACAGCGGAGGCGUCGCCCUGGCAACCUGCCCCCUCAGCCCCCACAGCAGCACCAGCAGCAGCAGCGGCGACACCGACCCGGCAAACAGCCCCAACUACUCCCCGGAUGAGGUUCUCCUCCACGACAACAGCCCAGCGUCCGGCAGCGUCGAGGAGUACUACUCCCCCGAAACCAGCCCUGAGUUGCAGGAGGAGGAGUUCUGCUCCCCCGAGGGCGUGCCGGAGAGCCCGGAGGUGCUGGCCGUGCAGUCGGACCACUGCUACUCGCUGCAGAGCGAGGUCCACAUGCUGGAGAGCGUGCGCUCAGAAAGACCGGACUCGGACGUCUUCAUCGACUUUGAUGAGCUGGAGGAGAUGGCCGAUGACUGCUCUGAUGAGCUGCCCUGCUCUCUGACGAUAGAGGACUCUGAGCACCAGGGAGACACUCUGGACCAGUUCCAGUUCAAGGAGCUGGUUCUGACUGACGAGGAGAGGAGGCUUCUGGCCAAAGAGGGAGCCACGAUACCCACCGGCAUGCCCCUCACCAAGGCUGAGGAGCGAACGUUGAAGCGUGUGAGGAGAAAGAUCCGGAACAAGCAGUCGGCCCAGGAGAGUCGCAAGAAGAAGAAGGCCUACGUGGACGGCCUCGAGAACAGGGUUGCUGUGUGCACUGCUCACAAUCAGGAACUGCAGAAGAAGGUUCAACUGCUGCAGAAGCAAAACAUGUCCUUAAUUGAUCAACUCAAAAAGCUCCAGGCCAUUGUGAAGAUUUCCACAAUGAAGACCACCACAACCAGCACCUGUGUCAUGGUAUUCCUGCUGUCCUUCUGUCUCAUCAUCUUCCCAUCCGUGAAUCCGUUUGGGAGCAGCCAACAGAAGGGAGAACUCUAUACCCCAUCUCAAGUGGUGUCCAGGAACCUGCGCUCGGUGGACAAGCUGUACAGCUCUCGGGAGGCCGAGCUGGAGCGUCUGGACUCGGAGGAGUGGGUGGUGGAGGUUGAAGUGGUGGAGGACGGCGAGCAGCUGCUGGAGGCCGGAGGGGCCACGGUGGUGGACACCGCCAUGUUCUCCCGCCACAACCAGACGCCCGGCGUGCAGCGGGUGGAGAAGACCGACUCCGAGAGCGCCGUCAACGCCAACUCCUCGUCCGACUUCCCAUCUUCUUCCACUUCUUCUGCCGCAUCCUCUUCCUCUUCUUCCUCCAAUUCUAAUGCGGUCCCCAAUGCCAAUCAGGACAUGAAGCUGAAAGCCAAUCUAGGGUCGGAGGCGCACUGGGAGAGCGCGCCGCCACCAGGGGGUUAUGAGGGAAUGAAAGCCAAUGAGAACUGGAUCGAGCCCAAGCCCACUUCGGUUAUUCUACAGCAGCACCGUUCGGAUGAGAUGUAGAUGUUUUUUUGUUUGUUUAAAAAAGGGAUAGCUUUACUGUUUUUGUUUUUUGUUUUAGUUCAUGUUUCAGGGAUGUAGCUCUCUGACUGGGGCCUCAUAGACGGACCCCUCCUUUCAGGACCCCCGACUUCCUGGUGUCAUGGGCGACCAGUGCAAUUGCCUGUUAUUUGUAAGCCUUGAAAUUCAUGUUUACAAAUGUGAUUUGAUUGACGAGUAAAUAGGACGAGUAUCCUGUAGCAGUAAUGAAUUUUAGAAAGUUUCGUACAGGGUAUUUGGAGUAUCACUUUUGGCUGUCUUAACGUUUUUGUUUUUGUUUUUGUUUGUUUAAAUUCAGAAAGUCUAUACUGUUCUGGCCAGUAACAGCUGCGCUUCGUCCUUCGUCUUUUGAGCUACUGAUGUUUUUUUCAAAAGCACUUUUCCUCAUGCACCAUUUUAACGUCCAGUGUGUCAUUUUUAGUAGUUAAUUUCCAGAUUUAUGCUGCCCAUUCACAAAUUUGACCCUUUUUCAUCAACAGUUACUAAUCAACUAAUCUGACUGGUGAUUCAAAAUGGCAGACUUGCAGGGAGAGGAUCCACAUACUGUAUUCAUAAAUGAAAGGUUUCAAAAUGACCAAGCCAUAAUGAGUACUUGGCGGCAGCCAUAGCCUUGGUUAGGGAGAUGGACUUAGGAUCAAAGGGUUCGAAUUCCACCCUUACCUCUCCCUGCACCUCAAUCCAUGGCUGACGUGUACUUGAACAAGGCCCUUACCCCCACAUUGCUCCAGGGACUCGAAACAUUACCCUGUAAAAAAAUUGCAAGUCGCAAGUAAAUUAUCUAGAAAAAAUGACAGACUGGACUUGUAAGCUGCUUUCAUUGUCAUAGGCUACUGUAUGCCCUCAUGCCAUGCCAGGCUUUUGACAAGACGUUUAGUUGCUUGGUGGUGCUCAUUUAGCUAUCACACUGCAAGCAAAUGAUGUCUUGGCAAGUGAAAGUAUCUGGUUUUAAGUGGCAUUGUUCCAAUAUUGAGGAGAAAUUUCUAGAAGGAUCUUUUACCAUUUGCAGACCAUGUUGCUCAUUUCAGGUUUUUUUUCCUGAUUUGGGCUCAUUUGGCCUCUUUUUAGGAAAACAAGACCAACAUUUUUUUUGGGCAAAGAUGACAAAAUUCUUGUUAUCUGCUAUUGGAGUCAGAUAAUGUCAGAUAAUUCUUCUCAACAUUAUAUACGUAUAUAGGAGGAACUAGACACAUUCACUUGUUGCAUCAUUUUUGCACUGCAAAGUUCGGGUGUAGAGCUUCACACUCCUGUAAAGUUUUAAAAUAAUAGUAAUAAUGAUAAUAAGCCAUUGCAGGUCAUUUGGCCGUUUAGUCGUAUUCAUUUAUCCCUUGUAACAAGGGUGUCCAUGCUUGUAGUUGUUUCUUAAGCAGGUAUGUGCUACCUGCCUAGAUGUUGGCAAAAUCAUUGGCUUGAAUCACUCUCGAAGAAGCAGAAGGAUGUUCUGUUUAUUAUUGCCUUGUUUUGUCCCUUUAAAAACGUUUUUUCUUUUAAUUUAUGCUAUUUUGCCUCCUCUGUUUUUGUUUGUUUGUUGUAAAUGUGAUUUUUGCAACCAUUUCUUUCUGGCAUUUGGAAAUGGUGGUGGGUUUAAUUUGGACUGCCAAGUAUUUCUCCUUGGUUUCUGGAAAUGUAAUGACCUGCUUCAGUCAGUGAUGCAUUCAGACAUCAUCUGUAUUUUUAAAAAUAUAUAUACACCUCAGUAUACAUGUAUUUUAUUUGUGUCUGUAAAGGUACAAAAUAUUAUGUCUUUUUCGUUAAUUUUUCUACUGUUUAUAAUAGAUGGAGUAAAUGUAAAUCGAUAUUGUUGUAAAGUAGCACUGGUAUAUAUUCCAUAGCUUAGACUGUGAAUGUGCACUUGUGUCUUUCAGAUCAUGUUACUGAUGGAAAUUCAGAUGAAUGUUUUAUUAUUAAAAACAUCUCU